AAGCUGACCACAUUUUGUGUUUUAGAUUCGACAGAAGCUGCAGGCUAAACAGGCGGCCAUGGAGAAGUCUGAAAAGGCGAAGCAACUGCGAGCACUUAGGAAAUACGGGAAGAAGGUGCAAACAGAGGUUCUUCAGAAGAGGCAGCGAGAGAAAACACAUAUGAUGAAUGCCAUUAAGAAAUAUCAGAAAGGCUUUUCCGAUAAACUGGAUUUCCUUGAGGGGGAUCAGAAACCUGUCGCACGGAGAACGAAGGAAGGAGCAAAAGGCCAGCAGACGAAGAAGGGGCCCAAUGCUAAGCGGCGCUAUAAAAACCAGAGGUUUGGUUUUGGUGGAAAGAAGAAAGGCUCCAAGUGGAACACACGUGAGAGCUAUGAUGAUGUAUCCAGCUUCCGGGCCAAGACGGCUCAUGGCAAGGGCCUCAAGAGGCCUGGAAAGAAAGGAUCAAAUAAGAGACCUGGAAAACGGACAAGAGAGAAAAUGAAGAGCAGAACACACUAAGCAGCAUCUUUGUAUACAAAGAACCGAGAAAAAGGGUUGUAGACUUGGGAUUUCACCAUCCGGUUGGAUUUCUUCUGUUGGUUUCUUUUUGUAAAAAGUUCUUUAAUAAACUAAAAUAUUUUCAAAG